AUGAGAACAUUUGUAUUUAACUCUUUAGAAAGCUACAAGUUAUCUGGGUUUGAACAGGCUGAAAGCGAUGAGCAAAUGAAGCAGGAAUUGGUUCCAAACGAUGAUGCACAAAUCAGUUCAGAAAGUGAUCGGCAAUCUGAAACCGCUUUAGAUCUGGAGCCAUCACAGAAUGCACUUGAAGAUGUACCAUCCUCUAAAAUGAAAAGUACCCUUAGAACAUAUGAAAAGAAAUAUGAACAGCUGCAAGAAUUUGUUUCAAAGCACCAAGGGAUAAUCCGUCGUGCAUUUCAGUGUAUCUUGCUGACAGGCUACUUUUGCAUGCUCAUCGCAGCGUGUAUUUUGAACUUCAAAAAAGCACUUGCACUACUUCUGAUAACUCUGGUGGCCAUUUUCUUUUAUUGCUGGGAUUUGUUCAUGGAAACGCAUGAAGAAAGAAUAGCUGAGUACUUUGCUUCACAUGGCAAAAUGUUCAAAGCGCACAAGCUUGUGAUAAAAUUGGUAUUUUAUGGUGCUCUGGUUACAUUUAUUAUACUUUGGCUAGCACUGGACACGUGGAAGGAAGGUGCCAGCCAAUUGAUUUCCUUUUCGGGACUUUGUAUAUUGAUUAUCUUCAUGUUCAUCUUCUCCAAAUAUCCAGGAAAGGUACAAUGGAGAACUAUUUGCUGGGGUUUAUGCUUGCAGUUUGUUUUGGGACUGAUAAUUAUGAGAACACAAUCAGGAUUACAUGCCUUUGAGUGGAUGGGAAUACAGGUGAAGACCUUUUUGGAUUAUGCAGAUGCUGGUUCCAAAUUUAUUUUUGGUGAAGUAUACAGAGAACACUUUUUUGCUUUUAAGGUUCUGCCGAUAGUGAUUUUUUUCAGCACAGUAAUUUCCAUUUUAUAUUUUCUUGGAUUUAUCCAGUGGCUCAUUUUGAAGAUUGGCUGGAUAAUGCAAAUUACGAUGGGUACAUCUCCCACCGAGUCGCUGGUGGCAGCAAGCAACAUAUUUGUGGGACAGACCGAAUCUCCACUGAUAAUUCGUCCAUAUAUAAAGGAUCUCACACUGUCUGAAAUACAUUCUGUAAUGUCUAGUGGAUUUUCUACCAUUGCAGGAUCUGUCCUAGGAGCCUAUGUUUCAUUUGGGAUUCCAGCUUCCCAUUUGUUAACAGCUUCAGUGAUGUCUGCCCCUGCUUCUCUGGCUGUUGCUAAACUGUUCUGGCCUGAAACAGAAGAGAUUAAACUAACAACCAAGAGCAAUAUAAAAAUGGAUAGAGUUGAAGCAAAAAACAUUAUAGAGGCUGCCUGCACUGGAGCUGGAGCUUCAAUCUCUUUGGUGGCAAACAUUGCUGUUAACCUUAUUGCAUUUCUUUCAUGCCUGGCUUUUGUUAAUGCUGUGCUUUCUUGGUUGGGAAACAUGUUUGAUGAGCCUGACCUCAGUUUUGAACUAAUUUGUUCCUAUAUCUUUAUGCCACUUGCCUUCUUAAUGGGCGUGGACUGGGAUGACAGUUUUAUGGUUGGUGAGCUCCUAGGAAUAAAAACGUUCUUCAAUGAGUUUUUAGCUUAUCAAAGAUUAUCUGCAUUGAUAUCAAAAAGAACUGAAGGCCAUCCUGAGUACAUUGAUGGUUCGAAGCAAUAUUUGUCAGUCCGUUCUGAAGCUAUUGCUACGUAUGCCCUAUGUGGAUUUGCUAACUUUGGUUCUGUUGGUAUUGUAAUAGGAGGACUAACAUCAAUGGCUCCAUCAAGAUUUCGUGAGAUAGCCGCUGUCAGUAUGAGGGCUCUCAUUUCUGGGACUGUUGCCUGCUUUAUGACUGCUUGUAUGGCAGGUAUGAUUGCCAAAACACUAUUACCCAUAAUUUGCUCUAGGAGAGGAAAAAUUGACAGCUUUUGUUGA